CCUGGCCAGGCUGCUCUGGUUGGCUGCGCAGAAGGCCUGGGCAGGGUGGUGGCCCGGCCCUCCCACCAGGCCACCCUGGGGGCUCCAGGUCCAGCUGCACCCGGCUGGAGAGUGGGCACUGUGGCUGGGACUGCAGCCGGACAGGGGCUCGCGAAGGAAGAUGAGGCUCUUGGGUGUGAUGGUCUAUUUGGUCCUUGGAGUCCAGCUUUCUGAGAAGUCCGGAGGGAAGGUGUCAGCUGUGGAUCCUGAAACAAACAUGAAUGUGACUCAAAUUAUCACUUACUGGGGAUUCCCUAGUGAGGAGCACACAGUUGAGACGCAGGAUGGAUAUAUUUUGUCCCUUCACCGAAUCCCUCACGGGAGGAAGAAUCAUAUGGACAAAGGUCCCAAACCACUUGUAUAUCUUCAGCAUGGCCUUCUGGCAGAUUCUAGUAAUUGGGUCACAAACCUUGCCAACAGCAGCCUGGGCUUCAUUCUGGCUGAUGCUGGUUUUGAUGUGUGGAUGGGGAACAGCAGGGGAAACACCUGGUCUCGGAAACACAAGACUCUCUCCAUAGACCAAGAUGAGUUCUGGGCUUUCAGUUUUGAUGAGAUGGCAAACUAUGACUUACCUGCUUCAAUUAACUACAUUCUGAAUAAGACUGGCCAAGAACAAGUGUAUUACAUGGCUCAUUCUCAAGGCACCACCAUAGGUUUUAUAGCAUUUUCACAGAUUCCUGAGCUGGCCAAGAAGAUUAAAAUGUUUUUCGCUAUGGCUCCUGUGUUGUCGCUUGAUUUUGCUUCGAGCCCUCUGGCCAAAUUAGGACGGUUGCCAGAUCUUCUCCUUGAGGACAUGUUUGGACACAAACAGUUUUUUCCUGAGAAUGCAGUUCUGAAGUGGUUGAGUACUCACAUUUGUACCCAUGUCGUUAUGAAGGAGCUUUGUGGAAAUAUCUUUUUUCUUUUAUGUGGCUUUAAUGAGAGGAAUUUAAAUAUGUCUAGAGUCGAUGUGUAUGCAACACACUGUCCUGCAGGAACUUCUGUGCAAAACAUGUUGCACUGGGGUCAGGUUGUUAAACACCAUACGUUCCAAGCCUUUGACUGGGGAAGCAGUGAUAAGAAUUAUUUUCAUUACAACCAGAGUUACCCUCCCAUGUACAACGUAAAAGACAUGCCUGUACCCACUGCAUUGUGGAGCGGGGAUCAGGACUCACUGGCAGACGCCAAUGACAUCAAUAUCUUACUGACUCAGAUCCCUAAUUUGGUGUACCACAAGCGUAUUCCUGAGUGGGAACAUUUGGAUUUUCUCUGGGGUUUGGAUGCCCCCUGGAGAAUGUAUAAUGAAAUUAUCAGUUUAAUGAGGAAAUACCAGUGAAAGCCAGACUUGGGAUAGAUACUGUUGAGUCCUGCAGAAAAAAAUGUUUAAUUUCUCUAAAACAUUUGUUUUCCUUUCCUAGAUCAUUUGUAUUUUUACAUGUAAGAAAAUGGUGACUUUGAAGAUUCCCAGUGCGCUCUAGUUAGGAUUAGAAACAUUGGCAAUCUUAUGUUUAAUUGUGACUAACAAGCUAGUGUCUCAACUAGUGUCUAUUUUUAAGUCUUUGAAAAAAAUGGUUGAUUUGUGAAAAUGUCAUUAUAAUCAUAUUUUUUUACUUAUUGCAAUUGUUUUGGUGUGUAUGUUGUAUGCAUAUGUGUAUUCUAUGCACUGGCCCAAGCUGGAGUGUGUGACGGUCAGAGACUGACAUCAUAAUGUUGUCCUCAGUCACUUCCCAUAUUAUAUUUUGAGACAUGACUCUUACUGAACCUGGAACUCACCAUCUCAACUAGACUGGCUGACCAAUGAGCCCCAGGAUCUGGCUGUCUCCACCUCCCAUCCCUCUAAUCCCCACCAGUGUUCAGUUUACAGAUGUAUGCUGCUCUGCCCAGCUUUUCUCACCUAGGUUCCAGGGAGCCUAACUCAGGUAGUCAUGCUUGUGUAGCAAGCACUUUCUCCAUCUUCCCAGCCCCUCUUCACAAUUUAAAAUCUA